CAGUACCCCCCUCCAGCCCUCUGGCCCCUACAGUACCCCCCUCCAGCCCUCUGGCCCCUACAGUACCCCCCUCCAGCCCUCUGGCCCCUACAGUACCCCCCUCCAACCAAGCCUUGUGGGAGCCCGGGCCCUGGCAACAUAUGGGGGACCAGGGGGUGGAUACCAAGGGUUUGGAGCUGAUGGCACCCUACAAUCAGAGCGAGGAGAUGGGGCUUGGGUGUUGGGAGGAGAGAGUGGAGGAGGUGCAAGUAGAAGGGAUACAUAAAGGGGAGGAAAGCAUAGUUCUUCCCCUCUCCUCCCCCCUCUUCCCUUCUGCCUGUCCUGCCCCUAUCUUCUCCCCCCUCCUCCCUUCCCCCUCCCCGCCUCCCCUCCCCUUGUAUGCCCCCCUCUCUAUGGAGGGGAACACAGAGGCUCUGCCUACUGCUCCUUCUGACCCUGCCUCCACCCAGAACCACAACAGGAGCGAGCACAGCAUCAUCGCCAAGAUCCGGAGUUACUACCAGGCUGCCGAGGAGGAGGAGGUGGAGGUGGAGGUGGAGGUAGGGGUGGAGUUGGAGGUGGAGGUGGGGGUCAAGAAGGUGGAGGAGGAGGAGGAGAGCGGAGAGGAGCGCCUGAUCUCCUCCGGUCUGCUGAGGAAUUCCUCUGAAGCCACAAGAACAGAUAGAGAGGUAGAUAGAGGUGAUGCGUCUAUCUCUCCUCUCCUCUCAUUGGCUGGACAGGAAAACGGACUGGCCAACGGGCCAAUCAGCUCUACAGAAGGACAAGCCAGCCUGAGCCCAUCAUCAAGCUGGACCAAUGAGAACACAGCCUACCAACUUGCUUUCCCAGAGCUUCGGCGGGCUAGCGUCUCUGGACCACAUCAAGGAGUGAUUAAACCAAGCCCCGCCUCUCAGGACCACAAUGACCCGAGUCCCACCCACCAGGACCCAAGCCCCACCCACCAGGACCCUAGCCCAACCCACCAGGACCCCAGCCCAGCCGACAAGGACCAACAUCACCCCAGUCCCACCAACCAGGACCCCAGCCCCGCCCACAAGGACCCCAGCCCCGCCCACCAGGGCCCUAGCCCCGCCCACCGGGACCCCAGCCCCGCCCACCAGGACCGUAGCCCCGCCCAGCAGGACCAACAUGACCCCAGUCCCGCCCACCAGGACCGCAGCCCCGCCCACCAGGACCAUAGCCCCGCCCAGCAGGACCCUAGCCCCGCCCACCAGGACCCCAGACCCGCCCAUCAGGAACCCAGUCCCACCCACAAGGACCCUUGCCACGCCAACCAAGAUUCCUCUGGGAACCAACACAGGAAGGCCAGAACACAGAGAGAACUGGACCAGGACACCCGCCUGCAGGCCCUUCAUCCCAGCCAGACCAGGGUGGGGGACUGGUCUGCUCCCAGCAGGAGGGCCUUGUUGGAGGUGUCUGGGUCAGGUGUAGCAGGCAUCCGGCUGUUUGAGAUGGGGCCCCUCGCUGACCCAGCAUUGAUGAAGAACUCGGAGCGGAUUCUGAACAAGGUCCAAACGCUGGCACGCAUGUACAGCUCAAGCGCCGGGACCAUGAAGCUUCCUCUGCACCAAAAGCAGAAUGCCAGGAGGACCAGGACGCCCCAAGACACGCAGACCGGGUGCCUGAAGGAACAGGGGAAGCACGUCCAGUCCCAGCGCUCCAGUCAGAACCCUACUGACACUAACAGACCCAAUGCAGUCAAAACACACACACAGUCCCCACUCACCAGGGCUCAGAACCCAAAUACGACCAGGAGCCUUGCCCAGACCCAGGCAGGUCCGCCGGCCCCCUGGUUGGAGGAUGGAGGGAUGAAGGAAGAGCAAGAGAUGGAAGACAAGUGCAUGAGGAGGAGAGGGAGCGGGACCAGUGAUCCCCAGGCGGCCCCAGUGGUGUUGGGUCCGGUCUCGGUCAGACCCUGCUUGGCCCUCUGUCGGCCCCGGGACUUCAUCUCCGCCCUGAGCUCCAGUGUCGCCUCCGCGACCUCCAGCCUCCCCAGAGCAGGCCUCCCCUCCCCUGGGGGGGAGGGCUCCAGGGAGUCCCAGGAGAGAGCCUACCACCAUGGCUCUGGUGUCACUAUCCUGAGGGACCACCGGGCCGACCUCCCCCAGGAAAGGCCACCUGGUCAGGCCCGUGUCUCCCGCGUCAGCCCGCUGGCCUCCCCCUCACCCAACGUACCCGCUGACGGGGCCUCUAGACGGGGGUCCGGCUCCACCAACAGCCCCCUGGUCCCUGGGAUGUCUGAGGCCUGGCCCCAAGCCCUCAAUGGAGGCCAGCUGAGAGAGAGCUCUUCUGAGGACCUCCGUCAGGAUAUUCCUCGGUUGCCGUGGGAGAUGUCAUCGUUGCUGUCUCCCCCACCCUCCCUCUCCAGGCCUAACCUCACCCACCGCCCCCCCUCCCCCUGCAGGGCCAUCCCUCCUUUCUCCCCCCCUCAGCCCUCUAGUGGGAGGGGUUUGGACAGACGGGGCGGAGCCCCGUUCUCAGUCUUCUCCAGAUCAUUGGCCGCCUCCUUCAUCAGUCAAAGCAUCGCCAAGAAGAAUGCCCCGCCCCCAUUUAUCCAUUGUAACAACCCCCUAUCAUCUCCCCUGGUUCCACAGCGCCCCCCACCUCCUCAGCAACCACCCCCCUCCUCCCUGGGCCAUGGCCCUCACUCCCCCCCUCCCCCAGCCUCCCCUCCCUCCAACUCCCUCCUCCACUCCAGAUCUGUCGGCCUAUCAGAUUCCUACGUUCAUAUAAACAGCAACCACAGCAACAACCACAGCAACAACCACAGCAACAACCACAGGCAUUGCAGGGAUAGCAUGGCAGAUGUAGGGGUCAGCCACAGAAGUGCCAGCGGUGCUAGUGGAAGCGGUGGAUGGCUAGCAAGCCAGAGGAAUGUCUCUUGUUCUCCCGCCAGCGUCGCUGCAACACAGCCAUCCCAUGAUGCUCUCUGGUCCGGCCAUCACAACCGGGUUGCACGGCCCUUCUCUGCCUCCGAGCCAGGCUCGCGGGUCCAAUCCCCCUCCGCCUUUCUCUGCUCUCCAGCUCCUCACCAUGACUCCUUCACUCCCAUUCCUCCCCAGGACUCUCCCGCUCCCCUGGUUCUUAACCCGCCCACGGGCCUCAGCCUGGAGCAGGCCAUCUUGAUGAAGUCUGUUACUGGCUCCGGCUCCUGCUGCCCCCGCAUUCUGUCCCCGCCUCCGAUUGGUGUUCCGUCAAACGCCUGGACCGAUCACAUCGCUGCACCCCGGAUACGGAACCCAUGCUCUGCACCCUACCUGACCUCCUAUACACCGGACACCUCCUCCUCUACUCCUGCCCCAAGUUCCCUGAACCUCAGGAGCCCUAUCAAGGCCUGCUCCUCCUACCUCCAGCCUCCGGUCUCGCCCAGCAGGCUCAGCCCAGACAGGGCCACCGAGGCUGGGAGGCAUCCCCAGCGAGACGAUCAGGAGCUCCUCGACCAGCAUGAGAGUCCAGAGACUGAGGUCACAACAGCCCCCUUCUCCUCUUCUUCUGCUCCUCUCUCCUAUGCUCACCCUCCUUCCCCCUCCUUCUCCUCUCCCCAAGAGCAGGGAGAGCUGGAGAAGGGAAGCUGUCGCAGUCAGCUGUUCUGUGCCUAUGUAGCCCGCCCUUCCCUGGCCCAAACUCCCACCACCACGCCCUCCACCGACCACACCAACCACAACCCCACCACCCAGCAAGCAGGUCCCCACUCUCUGGUUCAAACACAGAUCACAGCCCACCCGGGGCUUCCUAGGACCAACUAUGCCACCACGGUGAACCUCCAGGUCGCCUGUAGCGGAAGGAUCACCUUCUACAGCACGGCCCGGGUCAGCCUAGACCAGAACCCCUAACCCUCCAGUCAGCCUGGACCAGAACCCUUAACCCUCCAUCAGCCUAGACCACCAGAACCCCUAACCCUCCAUCAGCAUAGACCAGAACCCCUAACCCUCCAGUCAGCCUGGACCAGAACCCUUAACCCUCCAGUCAGCCUGGACCAGAACCCCUAACCCUCCAGUCAGCCUAGACCACCAGAACCCCUAACCCUCCAUCAGCCUAGACCAGAACCCCUAACCCUCCAGUCAGCCUGGACCAGAACCCCUAACCCUCCAGUCAGCCUCGACCAGAACCCUUAACCCUCCAGUCAGCCUAGACCACCAGAACCCCUAACCCUCCAGUCAGCCUGGACCAGAACCCCUAACCCUCCAGUCAGCCUGGACCAGAACCCUUAACCCUCCAGUCAGCCUCGACCAGAACCCCUAACCCUCCAGUCAGCCUAGACCAGAACCCCUAACCCUCCAGUCAGCCUAGACCAGAACCCCUAACCCUCCAGUCAGCCUCGACCAGAACCCCUAACCCUCCAGUCAGCCUGGACCAGAACCCCUAACCCUCCAGUCAGCCUGGACCAGAACCCCUAACCCACCAUCAGCCUGAACCAGAUUCUCUUACCCUAAACCUUAAUAUUUUUGCACAACAUGUCAGAUUUUUUUUAUUUCAUUCCCUUUAAAGAAACCUAACACAUUUAUAUCUAAAGCAUCUUGCACACUGAUGCCAACAGUGUCGUAGUGCAGUGGUCCAUCUUCUCAUUCUUCCGGCCCGGUCCCUUUCUACCUGUGACAGACCCAUUACGUGACCCUGAUGCUGUUAACAUGAACUGAUAACAUGGCAGCCUACACGUAACUUGGCUUGGACUGAAAGGUCGGCAUCAGAUCCUUCACCACUACCUCCUGGGGCCAAGAAACCUCCUCCUCCUCCCCCCCACACUGUGUCACACUACCUGGCUACUCGUCUUCCUCCUCAUCCUCCUCAUCCACCUUCUUCACACACCCCUCAGUUAUUGUUUUCCAGCAGCCAUCCACUAAGCCUUCACCCCUUCUCUGUCUCCUCUUCCAACCCCUCAUCCUUCUCCAACCCCUUUACCCUCCAUCCUGAACCCUUAACCCCUUUAGUCACUCUGGACCAGAACCCCUUACCCUCCAAUCAGCCUGGCCCAUCUACACUCCCUCACUCUCCCCUGCUCCUUAUAUUCCUCUUCAUCCAACUUCCUCACACAGCCCUCGGUUAAUGGUUUCCAGCAGGCUUCCAGGAAGCCUCAACCCCCCUGAACCCCCUCCUCUCCUCCUCCAACCCCUUUACACUCCAUCCAACCCUUAUCAACCUCUUCCUCACCAGCCCUCAGUUAAUAUACUCGGACAGCCUUCCAGGAAGCCUGGCUGGGCGGGGGGUUUUUGCUGCCUGGAUUGCAUCAUGGAAUGUUUUAAUGCGUGACAACCUAUUGUUUUUAGAAUAGUUUUCUUCUGGUUUCGUAACUGCUAAACAUUGGGAAUGUGUUUGUUUAUGGGUCUAAUCUUGUUUCUGGCACUUAAUAUGCUUUUUAUACACACUACCAUAUGUUGUUAAUACCUGCCUGUGUCUGCAGCACUGGCUGACUGUACAUGUGUUUAUGUGUGUGUGUGUGUGUGUGUGUGUGUGUGUGUGUGUGUGUGUGUGUGUUUUUGUUGUUUUUUAUACUUCUGCUUUCCGUCUGCUUAUAAAUUGAUCAGAUAUGUUGUUCCUUAGGAAUUAUUUAAACCUGGUUUGGACUUGGUAAAAACUUUUUUUGGAUCUGUUUUGGGCGUGAUGUAAAACUUGUUUGGACCUGGUUUGAAGAUGGUUUAGACCUGGUUUGUAUCUGUUUUGAAAUUGGUCUAGUCCUGGUUCGGUGACAGACGUGAUCACCUUAUUGCAGACCAACUAAGUCCAACUGAUUCAACGUCAACUUAAAUAAAUAUAUAUAAUAAAGAAAUA